GUUCGCGAGCGGGAUAGGUGGCGCCUCUCCCCUUCCGGUCCUCUGUAUCUGUUUUUUAAUUUUUAGUUCAAACUCUCUCGUUUUCUUUGUGAAAUGUAUCUGAAACGUCGUGUUAGAGAGAGAUAGGUGAUUUUUUUUUCCCCAAAUGGGUCCUUGUUCCUGAUUUUUAUCGAUCAGCUGUUGUGGACGCAACCAUGGCUCAGGAUUUCUUCAGACGGAGGAGUGAAAAUGCAUUUGGCCUCGAUCAAGAACCAGGCGACGACGCCGGGGACGCGGACAGCCUCUUCAACGUGACGAGACUGCAGGCCACCUCGCAGGAAGACGCCAAACCCAUGACCACCGACGUUCAGCUUUUUAACGACAUCCUCCCUAAGAACGGCCCUGUGGAGCCGGAUCAGGCGACGGCAGGAUCGGCGGACAAGAGCACUGCCCCGACCCCAUCCCCGUGUUUGGAUGACUUGUACUGGAUGUUACCUGGCGCCGUUCAGGUGUGAGUUGGCGGUUGGGAGUGGCUUUAGGGAAGGCAGGGAAGGGGAGGGGGGAACUACAAGGUACAAGGGAAGUUUAUUAUUCGUUAGGACACUGGGGUGGUUAUAUGAGGUUGAAUGUAUUUGUAUCAUGUGAUUUUAGGCGAUUAUGUAUACUUGUCAUUAUCAAUUGCACUGUCGUUUUUUUUAUGUACGUAACAUCAUAUCUGUGGUAGAAGAAAAAAAACAUUAUGGUAAUUUGAUAAUGGAUUUUCCACCAUUGUAUCAACACGGUGGAGUGGUUUGUCAUUUAUUUUAGUCAGUGCAGAAGUGUUGAUAUAUCUCUCUCGUUUUGUAAAAGGGGGCAUCUUCAUGCAUUAUCUGUACGUGUGCCUUAAUGAUAUUUGUGUAACCACCUCGUAACACCCUUUUUUUUUUUUACUUUGCUGGAGAAAGUAAAAGUUACCGUUUACAUUUCUUAUAGCAAAGGGCUCACACCCGAUGAGUAUGCAUGUUAUACAUGUUGCAAUGAAUGAGGAGGUUUAACCCAUGUGACCUUAGAGAAACAUGACGAAUCAGCACAGCACAGCCACCUCAACAGUAUGGUUUAUAGUGGUUUCGACAAAUUGAUUAUGCAUACGUAUACAUACAUGUGUAUAUUCAUUCACUGAUACCAGAGAUUAAGGAAAAAGGUCUGUUGUUAGCUAUAUUGUUAAUGACGUUUAUCGUUGAUUGUUGAUUUUUUUUUUAUCUUUAUUUAUAUAUAAUUAUUUUUUCGUUAUGAAUUUUUACGUUGCUCAGGUCUCCUAUUCUCUUUAAAAACCUUGAACUUAUAUGAUAAGAUAAUUUAUACUCGUAGCGAUGUGAUUUUUUUCAUUAUUUAUUGCGUUGCUUACUUUGGUUCCUCUGCAGUACAUUCCAUAUUCCUGGAUGUCUCAUGAAAAAAUAUGUUAUAUGUUUUAUCAUAAUAUGAUUCCUGUAGUUUUUAAGCAAUAUCUAAUUUACAUUUAUAAAAUACCUGAUGUUAUGUUAUGUAUAUAUCAUUCAGUUAUAAAGACGCAUAUUGAUACAUUGCUAUUAUAGGCAAUGUGCAAUAGGAUGAGGUACAAAAAACAAUAGCUGUGAUAUAUACUUUUGUUGAAACCA